AUGAGAAAUUUACGACGCAAUCAAGAAGAUGAAAGAAUUAUCGUACCCUUAAAUGAACAAAAUGGAACCGAAACUUCCAUAACAAAAGAUUCAUCGACUGGCUCGGCAACUGUUAAAUCAAAUCAAGAACCACUCUUUCCAACCGAAACAUUACCAUCAUUGACGAUAACAAUCACUCCCCCAACUGUUACAAAUAAUCCUACUACUAAAAUAUUAACCAAAAUUUCAACAUUCAUAAGUGGAACGUUAACUACAUUAACAUCAACAAUCGAAGUACCGAUUACAACCGAUACAUCAUCCGUUCCUACGCCAACUUUACCGAUAGAUAUACCACCACCUAAAGAACCAGGUGUCGAUAAAAUUCCACCAGAUGAUGGAAGCGUUCCAGAAAAUACAAAAGGUGAAAAAACUCCUCCGAAUCAAGAUGAAGUGGAUGAUAUAUCAAAUACUCCGGGAAAAUAUGACGAUGACGAUACAGAGAAAAAUUCUGACAAGAAACCUGGAGCUUCAAAAGAACCCAAAGGAUCAGAAGAACCUAAAAAUCAGGAAAAAGUACCGAAGGGUGAUAAAAAACCUGGAAAGGCUAAAGCACAAAAAGGCGGUAAAAAAACUAAAGUGUCAAAAAAGACUAAAGGGCCUGAAGUGCAAAAAGACCCUAAAGAACCUGAAGUACCAGAAGGACCUAAGAUUUCAAAAGUUCCCGGGGAAGGUGGGGUUCCAGAGGGUGGUAAGGAACCGAAAGUUCCCGGAGAAGGUGGGGUUCCAGAGGGUGGUAAGGAACCGAAAGUUCCCGGAGAAGGUGGGGUUCCAGGGGGUGGUAAUGAACCGAAAGUUCCCGGAGAAGGUGGGGGUCCAGGGGGUGGUAAGGAACCCAAAGCUCCUGAAGAAGGUGGUGUGCCAGGGGGUGCUGGUAAGGAACCGAAAAUUCCAACGGAAGGUGGCGUACCCGUCGGUGACAAAGAAAAAGGUGUACCACCAAAAGAGCCAGAAGCACCAGGGGGGCAAGGAUCAAAUACGCCCGAGUCAGAUGUACCAAAGUUGCCGGGAGGAAAUAAUGUGUCGGAAGUAACAGAUGAUUAUAUGGGAAAUAGCAAGACUUUGGGACUUGCAAUUGGGGGUGUUUUAGCGGGCAUAAUAGCGAUUGGAAUGAUGUUAAUAGUAUUAUUGAAAAAGAACAAAAUAUGUACAGAGGAAAAGGAAUUAACAGCAAGUGAUUCAAUGGAAUCAGGUCAACCUUCUCCAGCAGCUCCACCAGAAGUUUACCUUCGACAAAAUCGAACGAGCGCAAAUUCUUCCAUUAUAUCAACCAUAUCAUCAUCAUCAUUGAGAUUGAUUUCUGCAAUAAAAAACUCAGUUUCUAACAUCCUUCCAAUACCAAAUGAUGCUGCUAAUCUUACCGGUCGAAGCAAAUUUAUUGAACAACUGUGA